AUGGUUGUGGCGGCCGUCUUCACCAUCAAGCUGCGCGACGGCGAGGCGGAGCAGAAGUUCCUCGACGCCUUCGCCCCGCUGUAUCAGCACUCCGUUCGCAAUGAGCCAGGCACUCUCACCUACGAGCUGCAUCAGGUCUUCGAGAAUGGCCAGCCGGUGCCGCUACAGUACCUCGUACUGGAGCGCUACAACAGCAUGCGCGACUUUGAAGACACUCACCUGAAGAGCGCGCCCCUCCAGAACCUCUUUAAAGUCGUAGCCGGGAUCGCCGUUGAGGAACAGAAGCUAACGGUGUACAGCAGCGUCGCGUCGCAGCCGGCAAUGGACAGCAGGCCACAGGUGUGGUCUGACAAGGACGUGGACGACCCGCUGCUGCAGAAGGGUGUGCUGGUUUUCGCCGGUUCGCGCAGCGGCAGCAAGCCCGCGUACACGCAGGAGGCCAAGGCUCUCGCCAAGUACAUUGUCGAAGAGGCGAAGCAGCCUGUCGUCUACGGCGGUGGCACAGUCGGUAUUAUGGGUGCGUUGGCGAAGGAGGCGCAGGCACUGAAUGGCAAGAUCAUCUCCAUCAUCCCCAACGCCCUGUCGGAGCGCGAGGUAUCGGGGGCGAUGAUUGGCGACCGCAUCUACACAGCAGCUACCAUGUCGGAGCGGAAGAGCAUCAUGUUUGCCCACUCCAACACGGUGGUCGCGCUGCCAGGCGGCGUCGGCACCUUUGAUGAGCUGCUGGAGGUGAUCACGCUGUUCCAGCUCAACGCCUAUCGGCCCAAGAUCGGCAUUGUGAAUGUCGACGGCUUUUUCGACCCUUUCGUUGCGCUUUUGAGGCACCUCAUUGCCGAGGGCUUCGUGGAGGAGAAGGUCUUCGACUUUCUGGUGAUCAAGCCAACCGCGGUCGAGGUCAUGGAAGCGCUCAAGUCCUUUGUGCCGCCGCCGAGCCCGUUUUCCACGCUGAUCUGGACAAGUCGGCCCUAG